CUAACAGAGACAAGUUGACAACACAAGAAACCAAUUGAAUUCAGCUGCCCUAAAAUCUCAUCUUCCUUGACAUCUCAAGAGGAUCGGAAGAGGGACGAACAGGAGAGAGAAAGCCCUGGCUCUAAGCUAGCAGCUAGUGUGAUACUGAUAGCAACACACACACAAAAAGGAGAGGAAAAAAAGAGGCACCAUACACACACCGCAAACACGCAAGCAGAAGCAAACAUUUCCCAAAGAACACCACCAAGAACCUUGGUCGUUUGCCUUUCUUCCCUCCCUUACGCUAGCGCUAACGCUAGCCGCCGCCAAGGGAUCGGAGGGGCUGCAUCUAUGGAGGCGCGGGCAGCGUCGGCGCCGGACCUGUCGCUGCACAUCAGCCUGCCGAGCAGCGCCGCGUCGCCGCCGCCCGCGCCGGGGCGGCUGGGCGCCGCCGCUGGUGGGGGGCGAGGUGCGCAGCCGGCCGCGGGAGGGGACCCGUGGCGCCGGCUGAACGGAUCCACGGCGUCCACCGAGCUGUCGCUCUCGCCGCCGCCGCGGCAGGAGGCGGCUGGGGACGUCCUGCCGUGGCGGUUGCGCCCGCCAGCGGCAAAUAACGCCGCGUCGUCGUCCACCUCCGCAGCCACGGCGGAGGCGGCGUCGCUCGUGCCGGUGACCGUGCCGCGGCUCUCGCUUGACGCCGCGACGGAGGCGGCGCGGGCGCGGCCAAUCAACGGGGUGCCCGUCUACAGCAGCCCGAGGGCCGCCGGCCAUCCGUUUCUAGGCGCCGGCGAGUACCGCCAGGGCCACCCAAAGGUCGGCCUCUACAACCCCUACCACGCCUCGUCGUGGCCCUCGUCACUGCGCUCCACGACGACGUCCCCCGCCGCGGCGCCCUCGGCGUCCGACCCCGCGGCGGCGUUCCUCUCGCCGUCCGCGUACCACCGGAUGCUGUCGGGCACCGGCCGCCUCCACCUCCACGGCGUGCUCGCCGACACGUUCCGCGGCUACGGCGGGCACCACCAGCAGCAGCAGCAGCACUUCGGCAGCCUUGCCUCGGCCCGCUACAUGCCCAAGUUCCCGGCCUCCCGGCGCGGCAUGCGCGCGCCGCGGAUGCGGUGGACGAGCAGCCUCCACGCGCGCUUCGUCCACGCCGUCGAGCUCCUCGGAGGCCACGAGCGGGCGACGCCCAAGUCGGUGCUGGAGCUGAUGGACGUGAAGGAUCUGACGCUAGCGCAUGUGAAGAGCCAUUUGCAGAUGUAUAGGACCGUGAAGAGCACUGACAAACCUGCAACCUCCUCAGGUCCAGUGGACGGCGGUGGCUCCGGCGACGACGACCUCCCAGAUGCUGGCCAGGCUCCAUCAGCUGGCGAGGAUGCGAGCCCGCAGCCGUUCACCCGCCGAUCCGCCUCCUCGGAGGGUGCAGCGAGCCAUGCCGGCGGCGAUGUUGAGUGCUCCUCGGCUGAGGAUUCCGAUGGCGGCCGGGCACGCAGCGGCGCUUCAUCAAGAGAUCAAUGGCCACCACCAGCUGCAUGCAAUGCGGACACCCAUCGUUCAGUUGGCAUAUCAUCCACCAUUGAGGAUAUGGAGCCUUGUGGGUCAGUUGGCUUGCACCAGGUACCCAACCAUGAAAUGAGCUGCCCUAGCCCUAGCCUGGAGUUCACGCUGGGGCGAGCGAACUGGAAUGUUGCGGAACAUGACUAGCAGCGCUAGCUAUAUAUACACGUGCAUUGCAUAUUAGUUCAACACUUCAAUUAUACUGCUUACGAUACUUUGGUCGGUCAAGAAUUUAGCAAUGCGAUGAAACAAAAGAUGGGAUAUUAUUAGUUUUGUUUUGGUCAGAAGACACAUCAUAGUCUUGCAAAGGUAUAUAUGGUAGUUUGUUCAUGAGGGUAAUGUAGAGAAGGGAGCUUAAAAAUGUAUGUACAUCAUGAUGGGUGGGGUGCUAAUGAAUGCAUCAUGUGGCACGUGGAAAAGAAAAAGGAAAUCUAACCAGAUGAUGAUUAUUCCUUUUGUUUUGUGAUGCGUAUGUA